CCGGCAGGCCAGCAGACAGACGCGCGAGCCGAGACUGGAUGUGAGGACACUUUGGUAGGAGAAGCGCCAUCUCGGAGGACGCACAUGGCUGGAUGACAUGAUGUUCCGGAUCUUCUCCCUCCCCCCUCCCACCUCUCCCUUCCUUGCUUUCCUCCUCCUUUAUCUUCUUCCUCGGCCUCUGCUCUUCUCCUCGCUGUCCCACGUCCCGCUGAGUUGGGCUUCGCCUCACGAUCCCUGCUACCACCCGGACGGCCGUCCUCGCCACUGUCUGUCCGAGUUCAUCAACGCCGCCUACGGGGUCUCAGUGGACGCCAGGCGCUCCAUCCGAGCUUUCGACGGCAACGUCACCGCCUUGACGGAUCUUCACAAUCCUCACAACCUCACCUGCUGGCAGGCGCAAGGGGGUCAGGACAGCGGGGACUGGGUGCUCACCGUGCCCCUGGGUCGGCGCUUUGAAAUCACCUACAUAAGUCUGCAGUUCUGCUAUCAUGGAGAACCGUCCGACCCGAUCUCAAUCUCCAUCUUCAAAUCCAUGGAUUACAGACACACUUGGAGGGCGAUGCAACAUUACUCCAGCGAUUGCCUCGGGGAUUUUGGGCUCCCCUCCCAGACGGUGGCCCAGACCAGACACCAGGAAACGGAACCGCUGUGCUCCGAUCCUCGGCCCUUGCAGAGGCAGCGGGGCGGUAUGGUGCUGGCGUUCUCGGCCCUCGACGGCCGCCCGUCGUCUCCGGAUUUUGACUACAGUCCCACUUUGCAAGACUGGGUGACCGCCACAGACAUCCGUGUGGUCUUUCAUCAAACAUCCGCCGGCGCAAAGCUGAGCUCGGGAGUGAAGGACGAUGGGAGGACUGAGGAGGGUCGAGUUGUCGAUCUCCUGAGGUGGAGUUCGGGCGAUGCCGGUGAUCCGAUGGGCAACGUGCCUUCCUUUAAUAACAGGGCCACAACAAACUCUGAAAUGAGCACGCAGAAGAAAGCAGGCAAGCUUCGAGGGAGAAGUCAUCACAAGGUAGGAAACAACGUGACCAGUAAGGAAAGUGGGGACACCUACAGCUUGGAGGUCGCGAUGAAAAAGGAUGAGCGAGCUAGAAAGCUUGGUCGUAAGAAAGACGGCGAGGAGUGGCUCCUUUGUCCAAACGGUGACUGUAACUGGACCGGACGCCAAAGAGCGGCCAAGGGACGAGAACUGAGAAAGCGACGAAACAACCAUCCCAACAUCCCGCAAACCUCCAGGAACCUUCAGGCGGCAUUACAAGCUCCGCCUACCGUAGCCCCCCUGCCUCCUCUGGCCCUCUCGGACCUGCAGGUAGGGGGUCGGUGCAAAUGCAACGGACACGCUUCCAAGUGUCGACGUGACGACGCGGGGCGGGCCGUGUGCGUGUGCAAGCAUCACACGGCCGGCCCGGAUUGCGACGUGUGCGAGGACUUCUACUUUGACAGACCCUGGCAUCGAGCCACGCCCACCCACCCAAACCCUUGUGUGGCGUGCGAGUGCAACGGCCACUCCAACAAGUGCCGCUUCAGCAUGGAGGUGUUCCAGCAGUCCGGACGACGUAGCGGCGGCGUGUGCCUCAAGUGUCGCCACCACACGGCCGGACGCCACUGCCAGUACUGCCACAACGGUUACACCCGGGACCAAAGCAAGCCGCUGCACCACCGCAAAGCCUGCCAACCUUGUCAGUGCCAUCCUCUGGGAGCGGUGGGCCACUGGUGUAACAACACGUCGGGUCAGUGCCUUUGCCGACAAGGAGUGACCGGCCUCAGGUGCAACCGCUGCGCCCCUGGAUACAAACAGGGCACGUCGCCUCUGCGCCCUUGCGUCCGGAUUCAAGAGAUUACUCCAACCCCAGUUUUUCAACCUCAAUACGCCAUCGAUGAGGAGUGUGUGUCCCACUGCCAACCAUCUCAGGGAAAAGUCAGGAUGAACUUGGACACGUACUGCCUCAAGGACUACGUGCUGAAGGUUCAGGUGAGAGGGAUGGAGCGUUCGGGUCCCUGGUGGCAGUUUUCCAUUUCGGUCCAAGUGGUCUUCCGUACGGGAUCCGCCACGCGGAUCCGCAGGGGCCCCCAGUCCCUUUGGGUCCCCGACCGGGACCUGACCUGCGGCUGCCCCGCUCUCCACGUGGGCCGGACCUUUUUGCUGAUCGGGGCGGACGAAGGCGAGAGGGAUCGGGCGCCGGACGAGAGGAGGUUGGUGGCCGACCGCUCCACGUUGGCCCUCCAGUGGCGGGAACACUGGAGCCCCAAGCUGAGGGGCUUUCGCGGGCAGGACAAGAAGGGCCGCUGUGCCGAUCGACCCCCCAACCAGGACAGGAAUCCGUCAGAACCGCAGACGGGAUACAUCCCCCCUCACCUGCUUGCCGACACAGACAACGGAAGCUCAUCCGGCGAGGUCUCCACCUUGUCGCCACAACACAGUCACUCAUGAACAGCUUUUUUUUUUUUAACGCUCUUUGCUUUACCACCACUUUCAUGCUCUUGUCAUAAAGUUAAUUUGAUCUC